AUGACGGGCAUCAAGGGCUUUAUAGCCUUCUACGAGCAUUUAAAGUCGCAGGGAAAAGGCGAUUUAGAAUUACGAGCCGACGAACUGGAAAGAGCUGUGAGGGAAAUGCUGAGGAGAGCAAAGAUAGCAAACUUCGAAGAGUACAUACGAAGCUACAAAUACAAGAGAAGAGGGCUGGACAUGCUCCAGAAAAUGAUGGUGUAUGGAAGGAGAGACCCCGGAUACAGAGCAUUGAAGGACAUGUUCAGAAGCAGCAUGGAGCUCCUUGGACACUCAGGGCAGGUAGACAGAAUAUGCUUUGACCAAGGAAACAGGUUCUUCAUGUCGGGAGGUGCCGACGGGAUGGUUAAGCUGUGGGAUGUGCACUCCGGGUUUCUAGUGCACAGCUUUAUAGGACACAGAAACCUUGUGAGUGACCUCUGCGUCAGUAGCGACGGGAAGGUCCUGGUUUCGUGCGACAUCCAUGGGCUGCUGAGCAUUUGGUCCCUGGAGGAGUUUGAAAUACUCUUCCAAUUGGGGCUUGAGUGCGAGAUCAUCUUCACGGAGUUUUUCGACACAAAUGACACGUCGGCCUACAAUCUGAUUGUUGUUCUGUCGAGAGGCAUCAUCAAGACAUACAGAUUUGAUGGCAAGGGAGUGAUUUCCGAGUCUGAAAACCUUUGUCUUCUCGACGAAGCAAUAAAGGGGCUGUGCUUUACGGAAGGAGGAAGGUUUCUUCUGUGCAGCGGGUGGUGGCCAUUCCUUGUUGUUUUCGAUACCCAGAGCUUCGACGGAUGCAUAAUUCUUGAGACCAAUGGGAUGCCUGUGAACACGAUAUGCGGGGCCAAGAGAGGGCUUAAGAUUGCAGCGGCGUGUGACUCCCAGGUAUUCCAAUGGACGUUUUUUACAGAGGGCAAUUCUGGGAUGGGGAACUUCAAGAGGAGAACAAAAGAUACAUCGCUGCAGGGUCACUGGAAGAGAUCGAUUAUUAAGAUAGACAUAGGGGAGAACGAGUCUGUUGAAAGGAUCUGCUACCUCAGGGACAACUUCCUUGUGUGCAUAUGCACCGACUUGAAGAUAAGGAUAUUUGCAGGGACAGAGCUCAGAUGUGUUAUAGACACGCCAGAGAUGGGGAUUGCAUACCCGCAUCCGCUGGAGAAUGUAUUUGCCCUUUGCGGAAGCAGCCUGAGGAUAUACAACAUGCAUGACCUGGUCUAUGAAGAGGUGCUGAGUUUUACAAUCAACGAUGCCCAGUUUUCGAAUGACGGGGAGUUCUUUGUGUUUGGAGACGAAAGAGGGGUUAUAAAGGUGCUUUCCAUGAAUUUCUUGCCCAGGCCUCCCAAGGAGCAGUUUUUUCUGUCUGAUCUUGAUCACCUCAGUUCUGCCGAGUGGAGGGGUGUUGUCAAGUGCAGGAAGGAGUCCACAUAUGAGUCGGAUAGAAGAAGAAAUGAGGACUGGGUCCUGGUGGAGUAUACCAUCACGGGAAAGUCGAGCAGUUGUACAGGAGUUGAGGAUCUAGGGUCGAGACAUCUUGUGAAGGACUUUGUCAAUCUCGAAGCGUUUCGGAGAAAGUACAUGAAUGCCCCUCUGCCAGGAGAGGCACAGGUUGUGGAACAAACAACCAUGUCGUCGGAUAGCAGUGUUGACCUGCUGGACGACUCAUCCAGCGGGCUGUCUGAGGAAUCGGCUGACUGCAGCAGCGAGGAAGCAGUGGUAGAAGAGAGGAGGGCGCCUCUUCGGAGAUUUCUUGUUGAUAGCUCGGAGUCUUCCGAGAGGAUACCUAUGCUAAGGAGAAAUGCCCAUGCGGUAGACGACAGCGAUGGAGGCCUGGAGCCGACCGGGAUGGUGAGAAGACUGAGAAGGUUCAACAGGCCCAGGUCUGGUGUGGAUGAGGAGAGUGGGAUUCGUUUCUUGUCUUUAAGAGGAGGCGACGGUGUGGCCGGAGAUGCUCUUGCACUCUAUACAGGGGUUUAUGGUGGCAUCAAUGAUAGUGAGAGAAGUGAGGUGUGUGAGAACAGUGACGACAGAUAUGCGGUCGGACCAUCGGAGGCGCUGGGGCAGAACGAACAGGGGCUGAAGCAGUAUGUUCAGUCGUGGCUAUCGUCUCCAGGAAUGGUUCCUCAACCUGGAGAUGCUGUGUACCUGAGCUCCGAGGGUCUUGAGGAGUUCCAAGCAUUUGACACGAGGAGAAGGUUCAGGAGUCCCGGGAUCUGCUCUGGAUACUACGAGGUGAGGACUCUUGAGGUUGUCAGAUACAGUCCGCCGUUUCUUAAGGUAACGUUAGGUCUUGGGGCAGAGGCUUUCGUGGUAAAAUACUACAGAUAUCCUGGGGCGUCACCCGUGCUACUGCUGAAGGAGCAGGUGGACACCGGCAUCGGAGACUCUGUAAGCUUUGUAUCGAACGGAAUAAUAUCUCAAGGAAGGGUGUCUGGAGUCCGUGGUGUCCAUCUUGUUGUCGACUCUGGAGGAAACUCUGUGCUGGUUGAGAGGCCGGACGUGCUAGUUCCGCGGAUGCUGUUUCCGGAGGAUGUGAAGAUGGAGAUGCUAGGAGUGCUUAGGCAGAAGAGGAUGCACAGAAGCCUCUAUGUGACUCUGAGAAGGGAGUCGAAUGCAUCGUACUACGAAAGUGUUGCAUCUACUGUCAACCUGGGAAUUAUCGAGGAAAAGAUCCAGAAUGAUCUGUAUCGCACUGUCGGAGGUUUGGAGUUUGAUCUUGGAACUGCAGCCAGCAACUCGUUGUAUCUGGGGCCGGUGCUCCAUGGGCAUUGCCAGCAAGUUGUGGAUGGAAUCCGGUUGAUUAUAAGAAGUAUCUGA